UGUAUACAUCCUCGCCACAAGACGGCGACAUUUUCAGAUUCAUAGGCAGUGAGUCGAAGUCGAAGUACAGGUUGUAUGAAUAAGUGCUUCCGGCAAUUAACUUCCUCUUCGCCUCUGCUUCGGGAAGGCAAACAUGGUGAACGUGCCGAAGACCCGCAGGACUUACUGCAAAAAGUGCAAGAGGCACCAGCCUCACAAAGUUACCCAGUACAAGAAGGGCAAGGACUCUCUGUACGCACAGGGUAAGAGGAGAUAUGACAGAAAGCAGAGUGGCUAUGGUGGUCAGACGAAGCCUAUUUUCAGAAAGAAGGCUAAGACCACGAAAAAGAUUGUGUUGAGGCUGGAAUGUGUGGAGCCCAACUGCAGGUCCAAAAGAAUGCUUGCCAUCAAAAGAUGCAAACACUUUGAGCUGGGAGGAGACAAGAAGAGAAAGGGCCAAGUCAUCCAGUUUUAAUCUGCAUCUGGCACUUUCUGUGGAGUUUUUCCAUCAUUGUCAAUAAAAGAUGAAACUUA